UGAAGUGAGGCGAAUCAGCGCCAUAGUGGGGAAACUUCGAGAGGGAAGUGCUGGAGGACCUGAGGCGAGUGUAACAGGCUCUAGUUUGAGGCAGAGAUGGCACUUAAAGAGCUUACCUCCACUGCUGUACGGAUAUACGACGAGUGGAUGAAGGUUGCAGACCCCAGGACACAAGACUGGCUGCUCAUGUCGUCUCCGCUGCCUCAGACCAUUAUAAUCGCCGCCUAUAUAUACUUUGUGAUGUCGCUGGGGCCCAGGCUUAUGGAGAACAGGAAACCGUUUGAUCUGAAGAGGGUCCUCGUAGUCUACAACUUCAGUGUGGUGGCCCUUUCUCUCUACAUGUCUUAUGAGUUUGUAAUGUCUGGCUGGGGCACGGGUUACUCUUUUGGCUGCGACUUGGUGGAUUACUCGCGAUCUCCGCAGGCUAUGAGGAUGGCAAGCACCUGCUGGCUGUAUUAUUUUUCCAAAUUUAUAGAGUUGCUGGACACAGUGUUCUUUGUGCUGAGAAAAAAGAACAACCAGGUCACCUUCCUGCAUGUCUACCAUCACUCCAUAAUGCCAUUCACCUGGUGGUUGGGGGUAAAAUUUGCUGCAGGUGGUCUGGGGACUUUCCAUGCUUUUCUGAACUGUAUCGUCCAUGUCAUCAUGUAUACAUACUAUGGCCUUUCUGCUUUGGGUCCUGCCUAUCAGAAGUUUCUGUGGUGGAAGAAGCACCUCACAUCUGUUCAGCUACUCCAGUUUGUGAUCGUCACCUGCCACAUUGGCCAGUACUUCUUCAUGGAGGAUUGUCCCUACCCGUACCCUGUCUUUAUCUACAUCAUUGCUAUCUAUGGCGUGGUAUUUCUCCUCCUCUUCCUCAACUUCUGGUAUCACGCAUACACCAAAGGCAAGAGGCUGCCCAGAGUUCACCAGAGUGCAGGUCAGGUGCAGAACAAUAACAAUGGAGUUCACCACAGCAAACGGGACUAACUGGUCUUUCUGAGGAACACUGUGAAAUGGCAAUCCUUCUGGCACGGAGUUCUCCCUGGUUCUGCUGUUCACUGGCAUACUGUGCACUGACUUUUAUAUCUCAGAUAUUUUAUAUUUAUGUAAGAUGUUUCAUAGGGCGAAGACAAACUUGUCACAUGGUACUGUCAGUUUUGACUAUGUCUAGACAGCAGGUGCUAUGCUGAGAACAGAGAUAAAACACAGAUCAGAUGUGAUGUAUCGUACAUUUGGACUGAGGAAUCUUGUUUGACUGCCUGUCUAAAUGUAGCCUCAUGUAAUAG